AUGGAGGCCGCCUCGGACAAAGAAGCCCUGCAGGAGCUGCGGCAGCACCUGUGCACAGAGACAGAGCCAAGCAAGCUCUGCCAGAGCCUCAAGAAACUCUCUUCCCUGCCCCAGCUCUGCGACACCCUGGCGGGGAUGGACUUCGAGCAGACCAUGAGGCUCUUGAGGAAAGAGCAGCUCCUGGUCCCCUUUGCCAAGGCCUUAGCCGCCAUUUGGUCAGAAAGGUCCCAGUUUGGGCCCCAUCCAGAGCCGGACCCGGGGGACUUUGCCUUCGCCCUGAGCCUGAUGACAUUGCGGCGCAGAAACUGUCCUGGAGACGAGCCCCAGGAGUCCGGGCCAACGGAACACAGACAAGAUGGGACAGAGGUCUUCCAAGAGAGCAGCAGCAGCAGCAGCAGCAGCAGUAAAAUGUCAAGUCCGGGAAGCAGCCAGAGCCCGAGCCCGAGCCCGAGCCCGAGCCCGGGACUUGGAGCGAGCCUAAGACCACACACAAGCCAGAACCGAAAGGUGACUCGCAGCCCUAGGCAAGAGCCAGGAGGAAGCAAGAGGCCAAGAGUGUCCUCAGGAGGCCCACAGCUAGCCUCACAGAAGCAGGUGCCUGUGGCAAAGGCCCCGGGAAGUACACAGGAGCCCUGGGGGCUCCAAGAAGCCCUGCCCAUCUCCAGCGACUCUCCUCCUUCCUCUGCUCUGAGGCUGAGGUUGAGACGGAUUAGGUGCAAGAGGGAGGGAAAAAGCACCUGGAGAGCUGAGCAAGUUCUUAGCCCUGGAGCAAAGGAGCCCCAGGGCAAGUCUGAAAGUUGCCCAGAUCCCAAUGACAAUGGCGUCCUGGCGGGGAGCCCUCUUGCACAAGAUGCCUCCAGUCUCCAAGCUGGCUUCCCGCUGGGUGGCCAGGAGUACUCUCCCAUGUACACUGACCAAGACAGCCCCCCUUGGGCGCGCAGGACCCACUUCAAAACGCCAGUGUAUUCGGGUCGUGGGCGAGCCCGGCUCCAGCAGAACUCGCAGCAAGGGCGCCUUGCCGAGCCCCUUGACUGCCCCUGGAAAACUCGCUGCCAAGACACAGCUGAAGAAACUGAGUCCUGGCCGCAAGAAGAGGAGGCCAGUCCCCAGACACUCGAUGCCAAGGCAGCUCACAGCCAGACUGAGAGUGCCACAAUCCUCCAGGUGCAGGAGUCCCCUGAGCUGAGGCUGCAAGCCCUGAUAGCCCGCCUCCAAGCAGAGCAAGGCAAGAAGCCUCAAGGCCGCCAAACCAAGAUGAUUGCCACCUUCCAGGCUCCAGCCAGGAACCCAGGCCAGCAGGCAGAGUCUGGACCCGGAGGGGCGGCCUCCUCCGAAAUGAGCAGUCUCCAGGACGCCUCUGCCCAAGACUUGCCACAGAGGGCUCCCUGCCCUUCGUCAAGGGGCAGCAACAAGACCCAGCCUAAGAAGAGACCUGCCCCUCUCAUGGCCAAGGCCAUGAGGGAUUACAAGAAGAGGCUCUCUGGGAGGUGA